AAAAAUCUGAAGCCCUCGCGGUCGCUCAGCAGUGACGUGACACGCAGCCGGCGGUGAGGUACGUUCGCACGUUCGCUCCUUCCUCCUUCUCGACUCCAUCUUCGUCGUAGCGGCUGCGGGUCCUGUGGUGCAGUCGCCAAAAUGCAGCUCUUCGUCCGCGCCCAGGAGCUACACACCCUCGAGGUAACCGGCCAAGAGACUGUUGCCCAGAUAAAGGCUCACGUAGCCUCUCUGGAGGGCAUUGCCCCGGAAGAUCAAGUCGUGCUCCUGGCAGGCACGCCCCUAGAAGAUGAGGCUAUUCUGGGCCAGUGUGGGGUGGAGGCCCUGACAACUCUGGAAGUAGCCGGCCGCAUGCUUGGAGGUAAAGUCCAUGGUUCUCUGGCCCGGGCGGGGAAAGUGAGAGGUCAAACUCCUAAGGUGGCCAAACAGGAAAAGAAGAAGAAGAAAACAGGCCGGGCCAAGCGGCGGAUGCAGUACAAUCGGCGGUUUGUCAAUGUUGUGCCCACCUUUGGCAAAAAGAAGGGCCCCAAUGCCAACUCUUAAGUUCUUUGUAAUGCUGGCUUUCUCUAAGUAAAAAAAAGCCACUUAGCCCAGUCA